CUUCCUGGACUGUCGGCCAGUGAGAAGAAGGGGCAAUAAGUUCUCUCACAGAGAGAGAGAGAGAGAGAGAGAGAGAGAGAGAGAGAGAGAGAGAGUGCAGUUGGCUGCAGAGCUCAGCAAUAGCCGACGUCGAGGAAGGAGGAUCGCCUAGGGGCCGUCUGCCGGAGCAAACCAAUAAGUUUUGCAUUGCUGUAAUUAAAAGUUAUCCAUCGCAAGAAGAUUAAGAUGCCACGAUAUGCCCAGCUUGUCAUUGGUCCAGCGGGCUCUGGAAAGUCUACGUACUGUGCAAAUUUGUACCAGCAUUGCCAGAGCAUAGGUCGCGUCGUUCAUAUUGUCAACUUCGACCCAGCUGCGGAGAACUUCGAGUACCCCGUCUCUGUAGACAUAAGGGAGUUAGUCUCUCUCGAGGAUGUCAUGGAGGAGCUGAAGCUUGGGCCAAAUGGAGGCCUCAUGUACUGCAUGGAGUACAUGGAAGAGAAUUUGGAUGAGUGGCUUCACGAAGAGCUGGAUGACUACAUCGAUGACGACUACCUUGUUUUUGAUUGCCCUGGGCAGAUUGAGCUCUACUCGCAUGUCCCGAUUCUACGAACCUUUGUGGACCAGCUGAAGAGAUGGGAUUUCAACAUCUGUGCAGUUUAUCUGCUUGAUGCGCAGUUCGCGUCUGAUGUGGCGAAAUUCAUAAGCGGCUGCAUGGCAUCAUUGUCUGCUAUGGUUCAGCUGGAGUUACCUCAUGUGAAUAUACUCAGCAAGAUGGAUCUUUGUCCGAACAAGAAAGACAUAGAGAGAUUCUUGGACCCUGACGUACAAAUGCUGCUGGCAGAUCUGAACAGACAUAUGCCGCCCUCAUUUAUGAAGCUUAAUCGCGCCAUAGCGCAUCUGGUGGAUGACUACAGUCUGGUUAACUUUUUACCACUUGACAUAACAGAUGAAGAGAGUUUUCAAUACGUACUUUCACACAUCGACAUGGCAUUGCAGUUUGGAGAAGACGCAGAGGUGAAGAUUCGGGAUCAAGAUGCCGACUUCGGUGGUGGCACAGAGGCUGGCGGCUACAACUCUGACGAUGCAGUGGAUGAUGUUUAAUUUUUUGUGUCAGAGUUUUGUGUCAGAAUUUCAAAGCUGGUCAAGCACGACGGUGCAGCGCUUGGCCGUCUUCUGUUUGCAGAGUCAGCUCAGGAAGAGGAAGAGGAAGAGGUGGAGGAAAUGCUUCUUACCUGAUCCUGUUUUGUAGCACAUUUUAUAUUUUGAUCUUCGAGCUUUUUGCCAGUCUUGAGGGAGAAGAAGAGGAGGAAGGGGAAGAAGGACAGCUAAAGCUAUGGCUGCUUGCAGCCGUCGCAAGGAGAAUCCUGGGAGAGGAUGCAUACCUCGAACGGGUAGGGGACUCCAUGUCGAUGGAAGUUUCCGGUCGAACAUGUGAGCAAUUCAUGCCGCAGAGUGUGGCGGUUGUGUGUGGCUAAACAUAACAAGAGAGAGUGGAAGAGCAAGGAGAGGCCAUCUUAGGUGGGUAGAGGAGCAAGGACAGGCAAUCGUAGGUGAGCAGUGAGCACGAAUUGGUGGUCCUGGAGAGUAACAAGGAUGCAAGCCCAGAAACUUCAGCGCAUGAGCAACAAACAACGUGAAGUCAGGCAGUUGCUGCCAAGAGCUAACAUAAGAAGAGAAGGGGGGGAGAGGGGGGGGGAGGUGGGUAGAGGAGCAAGGAGAGAGAGAGUCGUAAGUGAGCACUCCUUGCUGGCUCUGAAGACUAAACAUGGAUCGGAGGAAGAAGAGGAAGGAGAGGGAAUCAUAGGUGAGCACGCCUUGGUGGUACUGGAGAAUAACAUGGAUGCAAGUCCAGAAAACUUGAGCAUAUGAGCGACAAACACCGUGGAGUCCGGCAGUUGCUGCCGAGAGCUGCUGCCGAGAGCUAGCAUAAGAUGAGAAGUGGAGGAGGGAGAAACCUCCACCAGGCCCUAGUGGGAGUUGGAAGGGCGUGGAGACAGAAAAUUGUAGGUGAACAUGCCAUGGCCGUUGCCGAGAUUGACAUGGAUGCAAGUCCAACCUUGAAUGUAUGAGCGAUAAAUGUCGGACAAACAACGCCGAGUCUGGCAGUUCUCCACUAAGAGGAAAGGUGGAUUUUCAUAUUUUUUGGCCGAGUGUCGUGUUUUGAUUGGUUCCUGUAAAACUUGUGAAUCUUUGUAAUUACUAAUUGCUCUUCCGUUCGUUGUUCACGAUUGCGGUGAGAGCUGAUGGGUGAUGGGGUGAGAGGCUUAAGGCUUUCUCAGAAGAUGGUGGGUGGCAAUAGUUGAAAGUUGUAAAAAAAGUAGCAGCAGUCAUAAGCACAACAACAACAACAACAACAACAGCAAAACAAAACAAAACAGAAGAG